AUGAUGGACCGUCUUUGUGUCAAAGUUCACAAUGAUCUGAAGCUGCUGAGGAAUUGUCCGCUUGAGUCUGUCCAGCGGGACACCCGCUACGCAAAGGAGAUGGUGAAAGAUGCAAAGAACUCACGAGCGCUGUUCCCCAGCCUCUAUGAACUGGGACACCUUCUGGCUCUUGAUGGUCCUGUCCGGCAUAAACUCGAUUCAGUCUCCUUGGAUGUCUCGCAGGCUGUGGACAAGGAGGUGCAGAUGCUGUUGGACUCGAUGUUUUGUCUGACCCGUGAACUUUGUCCCUUGGCCACUCGGAAGGCAGAGGCCAAUCAGAAGCUGUGUGGUGUGGCUGACCGCGUGACCAUUUCUCGGACGUUUGUCCGUGGAGUCCUGGUUGAGGAAGCUGGCACUGCCAUCCACAACAAGCUGAAUGAGGUGAUGCUCGCCGUGGUCACAUCACUUACAAACUGCAUCAUGGAUGAGAUUCUUCAGGAACUUUACCAAUCCCACAAAAAACUGGCUCGGCACAUCCUUCACCUGCAGCGACUGGCGGAACAGGACUCACUAACCCUGGAACUGCUCCGUGACAAACAAUCCCGGAAUCAGGAGAAGGAACCGGAGGAAGCAACAGAUGAUGAGCUCUCCACCAGCAUAGAUACACUGGCGAUACGGAGACAGACAGUUCACAGCCGGAAGAUCAGACCCGUCUCUACCUUCCUCAGUGUCAGCGAGCUGGAGUUGGACAGGAUGACUGAAGAUGACUCUGUCUCGGGCAGACUCUCCACGUCCACCACCAGCAGUCAGCAGUCCCACUCCCUUGAGACCCUCGCCGAUCUCCCCACGGAGGGCAGGAAACUCGAACAUCAGACCAGAGUCCGCCCGAGACCCCGCAGGAACAAUCGGCAGCCUCCGACAAAGCUCAACAACGUUCCGCUGGUGGAGAAGGGGGAGGAGAACGGCGCGGGUUCGAAACUGGACGAGGGCCUGGAGAAUUUUUACAACUGGAAGGUCAUCCCCGACAGCGAGGGGACACCGCAGGCUGACCCGCAGAUGCCAGGCGCCCCCGCCUCGGCCCCAGGGCCCAAGAAGUGGAAGUCUCGGAGGAGGGGGGGCCUCUUCAAGUUCAUGAGGGGCCGGUCGGCCCGGGAGGAAAGCGCGCCCGGUCAGCCGGGGCUCAGGCCAGGCUCGAGGGGGAGCGAGGCGGAGGUGGAGGCGGAGGAUUGUCCUGCUCCGUCGAUGGACAGAUGCUACAUGAAGACGAGCAGCUCGUCCAGUGGUUCGGACAGAUUGGAGGAACCCGCUUGGCCCUCAGCCUCACUGCUCCUCAGCAAGCCGCCCGGAAGGAGCCGGAACCUCGAGAUGUUGGAGAUGGAAGGGACGCUGGAGACGGACAGAUGCAGGGAGAUCCCAGGUAGAAUGCACGGAUAUCGGAAGCUACCCGUCCGGAUUUAG